UUAUUUCUGAAACACUGUAAACUGAACUUAAAUAUGGCAAGACCCCUUGUCCUUGUGGGUAACACGGAGUCAUGAUUCUCCUUUAAAUUCUUUCUUGUCUGGAUCUGCCAUUGGCAUCAACAGCAGCACCGCUGCUGCUUCUUGAUGUUGUGAUCUGAAAUACGCAUGCGCCCGGUGUUGGAAUUACUGCACUGGCGAGAACAACUUAGACCUCGUCAAGUCUUUACUAAAAGAAACCGAAAACCAUAUAAUUUAAAAAUUGCAGUCGUAAGCGCGAGAGGGAUGAGGACGACGUGUGUCUUGUUGAUCUUCUUCACGGCAGCUGUGAUGCGCGCUCAAAGUGCCAGUGUAAAUGACCCUAGCAAUAUGCCUUUGGUCAAAGAAACGGUGGACAGACUGUUAAAAGGUUAUGAUAUACGACUGAGGCCAGAUUUCGGAGGUCCUCCAGUUGGAGUGGGAAUGAAUAUAGACAUAGCCAGCAUAGACAUGGUAUCAGAAGUCAACAUGGACUACACAUUGACAAUGUACUUCCAGCAGGCCUGGCGAGACAAGCGGCUGUCCUACUCAGAGAUCCCCCUCAAUCUGACCUUAGAUAACCGAGUUGCUGACCAGCUCUGGGUCCCCGACACCUACUUCCUCAAUGACAAGAAGUCGUUUGUUCAUGGUGUCACAGUGAAAAAUCGAAUGAUCCGACUGCAUCCGGAUGGCACCGUAUUGUACGGCCUAAGAAUUACAACCACAGCUGCUUGUAUGAUGGACCUAAGAAGGUAUCCACUAGAUGAGCAAAACUGCACACUGGAAAUAGAGAGUUAUGGUUACACCACUGAUGACAUUGAAUUCUACUGGCGAGGAGGAGAUAACGCUGUGACAGGAGUGGACAAGAUUGAACUGCCCCAGUUCUCCAUUGUGGAUCAUAAACUUAUCUCCAAGAAUGUUGUCUUCUCCACAGGUUCUUAUCCACGUCUUUCCCUGAGUUUCAAGCUAAAGAGGAAUAUUGGAUAUUUCAUAUUGCAAACAUACAUGCCUUCUAUACUUAUCACCAUUCUGUCCUGGGUCUCUUUCUGGAUCAACUAUGAUGCCUCUGCAGCCAGGGUGGCUCUAGGUAUUACCACGGUGCUCACCAUGACAACCAUUAACACCCACCUGAGAGAAACCCUUCCCAAAAUUCCUUAUGUCAAGGCCAUAGACAUGUACCUCAUGGGCUGCUUUGUGUUUGUCUUCCUGGCUCUGCUGGAGUAUGCCCUGGUGAACUACAUCUUCUUUGGACAGGGUCCUCAGCGUCAGAAAAAGGCUGCUGAGAAGAUAGCAACAGCAAACAAUGAAAAGAUGAGGAUGGAUCCAAAUAAGUGGCUGGUGGGAAACGUGGUUGGCAGAGAUGAUACUCUGUACGCAAGAAUGAAACAAAGAGACCUUGCUGGUCAUGAUUCAAUGUGGGAGCCAAUCUUCAUGGAUGACGCAGCAAUUGGGCUUGCAGAUCAAAAAAACAAGAUGGACACACAUGAAAACAUCCUCUUAGGCACUCUGGAUAUCAAGAAUGACAUGGGUGUUACAGAGCUGGCUCUGGGUCUCAAUGACCCGCGAAACACCAUGUUAACAUAUGACAGCUCAAAUCUGCAAUAUCGCAAAUCAGGGCUGACAAGGCACAACUUUGGGCGAAAUGCACUGGAGCGCCACAUGACUCAUAAGAAAAGCAGACUUCGGAGGCGGGCCUCUCAGUUAAAAAUCACCAUCCCGGACUUGACUGAUGUAAACUCUAUCGACAAAUGGUCACGAAUGAUCUUCCCAACUGUAUUUUCCUUCUUUAACAUUGUUUACUGGCUCUACUAUGUAAAUUAAAGACAAACAGGACAUGAGUGAAAUCAAGCACAUCAAAGGUAAAUAAGAAUUUAACGUUUGUAUUUGAGUGACUUCAUAUUUAUGUUCUCUUGUAAAACUAGAUGGAAUUCCUGUAUUCGGGACUGGAUCCAUGAUUUCUGGAAGCACAAUCUUUGCUGGCUAACACACGCAAACCUUAUGGAAAAGAGAUUACAUACUUAUAAGGUGCCUGUUCCUGAACAUUUGUGUAUACUGUUGUGUUUUCUUUUUAUUGAAUAUCUUAACAUCUCUCAGUCUGUUUGUUUUUAACCAUUAAAUCAAUUUUGAUUUAAAGUACACAUCAUUAACAAUCCUAGACAUAAACUUAUAAAAAAAACAAUUUCAAAAAUGUUUACUUUCACAGAGACUGCUUAAAAAUGAUGAAACUAACUUAAAGUCUACAAGAUUAUCUCACAAUAAUCAUGUCAAAUACUAUAGGCUAUCACUGAUCUAAUUGCAUGAAUUUGCUGAAAAAAACUGUAAAAAUGCUUAAGAAUGAAAAUAUAUUGUAUGAUAUAAAGUUAACAUUUUUAUAACACCGUGAUUUUUAAAACUUUUUCUAAUGUAAUAAAUUGAUGGCACUACAAAACUGUAUUUUCCUGACAUUUUUGUCAGUUUAUCAUCCUCUACUGUAAAUUUACAAAUAAUACCAACAAUGUGUACAAAUAAACUUAAUAUGCUUGUCAAUUUAAACAAAUAGAAAAUAGGAUAUAACUACCACGACUAAACCAUUCAAAACCUUUAGUUUGGUUCACUGUAUCAAAAUUCAGAAAGACUGGAGAAAAAGGAAUGGCAAAAAAAUAUAUCACUAUUCUGUUCACCUUUUUUUUGUUAAAAGCACAUACUUAAAUAAAAAAGGCCACUUGGUUCAUUUCAAUAAAACGAAUUCAAGAGUCUGAAAUUUUACAUUUCCUUUUUUAUGGCACUACUUCAAUAGUUUUGUAUAGGUUUACUGAUUAUUAGCUUCUGCAAACAUUUUUCUGAUUGUUGGAGUGCGCAGUUACAAAUAUGCUUUUAUUUUAGAUUGUUUACAAGCCAAGAGGCUUAACCACACUUCUUGCACUUGGUGCUUUUGGGCCUCGUCUUGAGGCAAACUUUAUUAUCAUUUAUUUUUGUUGUCAAAAUUUAUUAGGAAUUAAAUUGCUCGCAAAAUAUACUUAUACUUGGACCUUAGGUAAGAUUUAUAAAUUAUGAACUCUUAAGAUUUAACAACAUUAAAUUUGUGACUAACAAAUUAAAAAUUUUGUUCAAAGCUUUGUUGUAUUGGCAUUAACAUGUUAGUCUACAAUAUGGAGUAGUUGCAAAUAUCUAAAUACGUUUAGGUGAAGACUUUUAAUGUCGGGGAUUUACAAUGGGUUUUUUUCCCCAGGUGCUUUUGGGGCUUGUAUUUUAUGAUACUAUAUCCACCAAGUUUAAAAUUGAGAAUUAUGUGGAAACAUAAUGCCAAACUCAGACAGCGAUGCAUAUCACAAUAGUCACCCAAAAAGAGAGCUGUGACGGCUGAGUCUUCAGUUUAAAUUCAGGUUGAUAAAGUGAAGAAUUAAAAAGGUUUUUGUUCAAUGCAGCACCUUUGAUACUUAACAAACCAGCACCCUACAUGUAUUUGAAAGGGCUCUGUGGUACACUCGGUGUGCCUUUAAUUCACCACAAUGGUAAAAGGCAACUUGUGAUAAAAAUGACCAAAAGUAAAAAAAAUCAGCAACAAUUCAGGUGGGACAUUAAGAGUUCUGCUCCAUUUUAGUCAGGCUUGUUAGGCUGCUUUGACAGAGAAAGUGGUGUAUACAGUGCAGUCCUCAAGAUUCUUUCUAACAAAUAUCUUGUGCAAUGCUAAGGGAUGCGCCAAGCAGAGCAUUCUACCGUGUGCCAUACGAUCAAGUUUAAAUACUUUCACUUGCUUUUUGUGAUCUCAGCUUGCCCAGUCAGAAGAACUCAGAAGGAUCACAGUAGCUAACACCAUUGGUUUCAGAAAACCAGGUUAUGUUUAGUGCUCUCCACUCAGUGUCAAGUUAACCCUCACCAUUCUACCAGACUAUUGCUGCUCACUUUCCUCUUCCACUCAAGAUCAGUAAAUGUCUGUGCAUUGGUUUCUCUUUACCACAUUGCCACAUGCCAGUUUUCACCUAAAAAAAACACUAUUUGUAACAAACAACUGAGCCAGUGUGUAGUUUCCAAUGUUCCCUUCUCCCCAACACUAAGACAUAACGCACAGCUGAACACAAAAAAUGCUAUGUCCUAUGAAAAAGAGCCUUAUUCUGAUGCCCAAGUGUCAGAUUACCCUUUUUCACAAAAGCUAUCUCACCAAAAUAUGUCACGUGAGAAAAUCCAUAAUUUUUGAAAAUUUUAUUUGUAAUUCACAACUUCUCCUUAUGUUUGCUGAUUAGCCCAUUUGAAAUUCUACCAGAGGAAUCAAAUAAGAGAAAGCCUAGACAGAGUACCGACAGCUUGAAAAAGGAAAGCUUUAAAUGAAUGAAAAAAAUAUUAACAAUUAAAUGAAUAUAAAGAACUGAGGGAAGAUAUAUUUUUUGCACUAAUUCCAAGUGUGGAAGAUGUAGGUGAACAUAUAUAGAAAGACAUAAACAAUGCAAUCAGAAAUAAAUACUAAAAAACCUACAACAGUGUAUAUAUCAGGAAAGAUCAAAAGUCUUGAUUUAGAACAUUUUGCUGUACAUACACAAAAUUUGGAAAUUAAAGCAACAUUUCCAGUUUUUUUUCUUCUUCUAUGUAAAGCAAAAACAGAGGGUGAUGUGAAACAAUGUAAAUAGUCUGCUGUGGUGUCACUUCUACUUUGUUUAUGAAGGUCCAUGUCGUUUUUAACCAAAGUGUAAAGUUGUAUUCAUGAAUGUAGCUCUUGCUUUUGCACCAUGGAUUUACUGACUAUCAGCAAAAGUAACGCAAGUUCUACAGCACAUCAUAUAUUAAAACAAGAUUUUAACUGAUACUUUUCAUCAGGCCACAAUUCAGCUUUCAAAAAACACAAUUUCAACUAAAACCAGUCGCAGUUCUUGCCCUGAAGGAGCCCCAUCUUCUGUUGCCCCUCACCAACCAAAACCUAGAAAAUUGAAUUCCAGGUCAAAAUGAAAUGAGUUGCCGUCCCGCACGAAGCACCUUUCACUUUUCAACAGCAAACACCAACUCCUUACAGACAGCAUAUGCAAAAAGAAGCAAUAGAAAACCUGUUCAAAACGUAACUAGCAGAUUUUGUGCUAACAAAAUAGCAUCCAUCUGUUACUGACCAUAUAAAGAUUUGUUUAAUAAAUGUUUUUGUUGUUCUUAAGAGAGAGGGGUUUUGUGAGCUUGUUUCUGAUGUUUUGUUGCUUUCUGUGUUCAUUAUACACAGUAAGCAGAAUUGUACUUUUGUUCCACUAAACACAAAAUCUAGCCAUUGUAACAUAUUUUGAAGUGUCUUUUACACUAAGUCCACCUCAGCUAUAGUUAGAGCUUUGUAAUAUUCAGAGUACUACUGUACAUGGUUUGAUGUGGUGUAUUUAAAUGUGAGCGUGCUAGGAGUGAAUGUUUUCCAGACACGUGUGUUUUAAAGCACACUGGUAAAAAUAUACAUGUGUAACUCACACUGAUUUUUUGUUAUUUUGUUUCAUAUAUUUUUAUACUUCAAUAUCAGGGGUCUCAAACUCCAGUCUGGGAGGGCCGCUGUCCUGCAACUUUUAGAUGUGCCUCUGCUGCACCAUCUGAAUAGAAUAAUCAAAUCAUUAAGACUCUGGAGAACUGAUCUGCACCAGGAGGAGGUAAUUAAACCAUUUCAUUCCAGUGUUUUGUACCUGUGACACAUCUAAAACCUCCAGGACAGCCGCCCUCGAGGACUGGAGUUUGAGACCCCUGUAUAUUCUAUGUAAAAAAAAAAAUCACAUUUUCAUAUUAAUAAUAUUGAGAAAGAUUAUAUUGCCCUAUUGGGCAGAAAAUGUUAGGAUAUUUGUUAGAAUCAAAUCCUUUCAUAAUUGUGAAAAAUUCACAACUGCAAGAUCACAAAUUGGUUCACUUAUUUUCUUCGUUGUGCAUUAGCUUGAAGGUUUUGGAAAUUAAAGGUUUUUGUGGAGUUAUGUCCUCUGGAGCAUAAAAGGGCGGUACUGUAAACGCCUGCAUGACACAUCUCAGAAAUGGUGUAUGUUUGCACACACUCACAGAAGAAGCCUUAGCCUCCUGCUGCCCUGGACCUCUUGCCAAACUGCUUCAGCCCCAUUCACCUUCUCAACCUUUUCUGCCCUGAAACCAAGAGCUCUUCCCUUUUUGAAGAUAUAUCCUGUAAAAAGUCAUUUUUUGUCUUUAUUAUAAAAACAAUGGAAUUUACUACAUUGUUAAUAAAUAUUGUAUAAAGUUCUG